AUGAACGGCACCAAAGAAACCCCAAUCGAGUUCGAGAAGUUCCACAACAUUGUUGACGGUUUACCCCGCUCCAGCACCAAUUUCCAUCGUGGCACGAACCCCUCUGAUGGGAAAGAGUUGUGGGAAGUACCAAUUGCAAGCGAGAAUGAUCUGGACGAUGCUGUGGAGGCUGCGAGGAAAGCGUUCAAAACAUGGUCAAAAACGAAGUGGGAGGAUAGGCAGGAAAUAAUCAAGAAUAUUGCCAAGGAGUUUAUGAAGUAUGAAGCAGAAAUGGGGAAACUGGUUAUGUUGGAGGGAGGAAAGCCGAUACAAUUUGCCAAAUUCGACCUGGGAAAUGCUUCCAAAGGACUUCUCUGGGCCGCUUCAGAAAAGAAAUUCGAGGAUGAAAUAAUAUCCGACAAUGCUGACCUUAAAUUGACCAUGCGACAUGUACCGCUCGGCGUCGUUGGUGCAAUCUGCCCAUGGAACUUCCCACUUCCAAUAUCCAUGAACAAAAUCGGUCCAGCACUCCUCACUGGAUCGACGAUAAUCAUGAAACCAUCUCCUUUUACACCCUACAGCAUUCUCAAAUUGGUAGAAAUCGCACAGAAAUUCCUACCACCAGGAGUUCUUCAAGCUCUCAACGGAGACGACAAAUUAGGUCCUCUAAUGACCGAACAUCCAGGUAUCAACAUGAUCACCUUCACCGGCUCAACUCCAACUGGAAAGAGGGUAAUGGCUUCUUGCGCAAAGACGCUAAAACGCGUAACCCUAGAGCUCGGUGGUAACAGCGCAGCAAUCAUCUGUCCAGACGUCGAUGUUAAUAAAGUCGCUCCAAAAGUAGCACUUGCUGCAUUCUUCAACUCCGGACAAAUCUGCGUAGCCAGCAAACGACUUUACGUGCACAAAGACAUCUACGCCGACAUGCUUGCCGCCGUAAAGAAGGUAGUUGAAGGCUGGAAAACGGCGCCGGCGGUAGAAGAAGGCACGAUGCUUGGUCCUGUGCAAAACAAAAUGCAACACGCGAUUGUUAAAGACUUCUUCGAGGAUUGUGCGUCACAAGGAUAUGAUUUUGCGCUUCAAGGAGAGGUAGGUAAGGGAGAGGGAUUCGUGGUCCAACCUGCGAUUAUUGAUAAUCCACCCGAUGAUUCGAGAAUCGUGAGGGAAGAACAAUUCGGUCCUAUCGUACCCAUGCUUCAAUGGGAGGACGAAGACGAAGUCAUCGCCCGCGUCAAUGAUACUACCACCGGUCUUGGCGGCGCUGUUUACUGUGCAGAUCUCGACCGCGCUCAACGUCUUGCCUCCAGGAUCGAAGCGGGAAAUAUCUGGAUCAACAGCAAUGAGAAACCACUACCGAAUGCGUUUUUCUCGGGGUGGAAGGAGAGCGGGAUUGGUGGCGAGAGUGGAAGGUUGGGAUUGUAUAAUUAUAUGAAUACCCAGGUUACGCAUUUGUAUAAGGCGGAUGUUGCGAAAUUGUAA